CAGUGCCAGUGCCAGUGCCAGUGCCAGUGCCAGUGCCAGUGCCAGGGCGAAGUGCUACCGUCUCCGCUGCCAGUCUACCAUCACACAUUCACAAGAGCUACCGCCGGCCGACUGACUCUCACUAUACUCCUUUCAAACCGUCUUUCGCUACUUCCGUCAACUCAUUGCUCUGCUCAAUCCACUAGACUCUCGGGAUCAUACAACUCACCCAAUCAACAGACAUGGCCGUCCUCUGCAGAUACACCAUCUCGCGUGUUCUCUUCCUCACCCUCCUUUCUACACUGGUGGCCGCUCAGGACGACCAGAAACCAUUUGACUGUCAUGUCACAAUUGGCGAGGACGCUUACGACCUCACCGGCCUCAAGGGCGAACACACUGUCACACGCGAGAGCAACAUGCCUCCAUCGACAAUACACGACGCUGUCACCUUCAACCUCUGUGAAGACCUGGCGAAAAGCAGUGCACCAGAAGAGGACCAGUGUCCGCCGGGCACACGAGCGUGUCUAGUGAGGACGAGCAGGAAGAACGGACAUGAUGACCGGGUCAUCUCUGUCAUCCCAGUUGCAAACUCGUCUGCAAGUGCCGUCUCCUACGACCCGAUAUCCUCACCGAAGGGUCUCCAGCUCACAUUUGCGGGGGCGUCAUAUCCAAGCGUCGUCGGCUCAGAACCAUCCCCACAGCACUUCCACUUACACCUCCUCUGCGGGUCCUCAGUCUCGGACGUCAACUUCGUCUCGUACAAUGGCACGGACCUCUAUCUCGACUGGGAAGCCCCGGCAGGCUGUCUGAUCAAAACACCCCCCAGCGAAGACACGAAAGAGCCAACCGACGGUGGGGACGACGGGUCGGGGUCCGGAGAGAAGAAAGAGGAGGCGGUCGGGUCCGGACUCGGGUACUUCUUCCUAUUAUUCUUCCUCGCCUUCGUGGCAUACUUCGCCCUCGGAGCAUACUACAACUACUCGACGUACGGUGCAACUGGCGCAGACCUCAUCCCGCAUCGCGACUUCUGGAGAGAAGUCCCGUACAUGCUCCGCGAUCUCGUCUCACACAUAUGCUCCGCCGUCCGGCCAAGACACAGCGCCAGCCGAGGUGGAUACAUCGCCGUAUGACACGUCGCUCCGCAGCUCUCUGUGCUUGGGCGGUGUCCGGGCGUCGAACUGCGACACUUUAUCAGAUGUCCCUGCCGGUCUCGAUCCUUGCUGCUGCGGUCACUCCGCGGGCCAUAUACCGCAAGAAGCAGGCGCUAUUGUGGGUGAGAGAAGGGCGUAGAGUACUUUGGGGCGUCAGUCUGGAUGGAAUGGGUCAUAUAUGUCAUGUUUUUCUGUUGGUUUGGGAUACAUACAUACCCACAUCGCUCCCGUUAUGUUCGUAGUAAUCAGCUGUGUCUUCGCAGUCGCGCUCGUAUAUGUCUAGUCGACUAUGGUCUCGUGGUAUACGCCCAGCACCAACUCGCGUCCGAUCUAACUAAAGCAAGAGCGAGUGCUGAGCAAUUAGCGAUGAUGUUGUUAGCGCAGAUGUCUAAGGAGAACGUCUGCCUCUUGAGGUGGGAGGUAGUGUAGUCCCAAACGUUAUAGAAGCCGUUUUACGGUGUGUCUGUCGCCGCAGAAAGCUGCGGGUCACGUAGAGGCCUCCUUCGUUGCUU